GGGAUUAAACCAGUACGGUGGUCGUCUAGAUUUCGACGAAGAUAAGCAGGUGCUACGCAUCAGUGCCACGGUCGGGUCCUGUGGUGUUUCGGCCUCUGACGUCCCUUAUACCAUAACUCCCAUCCCCGGUUCUAACUACGAGUAUUGGGUCAAGCCUGACUAUAGCUCUACUGAUUUUAAAGUACGCCUCGCUGCUUGCCGAGAUCCUUCUAUUAAUGCCGACUUCUUCGACAGUCUACACGUCGAAUCCAACAAGGGUGUUCUCAUGAGCGACAUCACUAUCAGUGGCGGUGUGAGGGGGUCUUCGUGGAACUGCUG